AAAAUAUAUUUGAGGUAGUGAUAGUAUAAUGAUUACAUAAGCAAAUUUGAAGAGCCAAAGGAAUGUCUAUCCUUCCACUAUCACUAUCUUCACAUAACUAAAACUAUCAAAAGGCAAAAACAGGAUUCUUGCAACAUGAAAUAUCAAUUCAGGCUGGUGUUGUUCUUCAUGUUAUGUGUAUUUGCAAGUUCAGCCACAGAUAAGGACAAACAAGAGUGUACACAAUCAUUGAUUGGUUUGGCAACGUGUUUGCCUUAUGUUGGAGGUGAUGCACCAGAACCUACACCAGAUUGCUGCACUGGUUUAAAGCAAGUGUUGAAAUCUAACAAGAAGUGUCUUUGUUUGCUAAUUAAGAAUAGAAAUGAUCCUGAUUUGGGACUUCAAAUCAAUGUUACACUUGCUUUAACCUUGCCAUCUGUUUGUCAAACCCCUGCUAACAUUUCUGAAUGCCCUGCUCUUCUCCACUUGCCUGCAAAUUCACCAGAUGCGCAAAUAUUCUAUAAUGGUUCAAGCAGCAUUGCUGGCAGUCCAGUUGCUAAUAGUCCCAUUCCUUCAGUUGGAUCUAGUCCCACAGGUGGCCCUGCAGGUGUAGCAAGUGCUCCUAAAUCAGCAGGUUGUCAUAUUGGAAAGAGAUGGUUUGGAUUAGAUGCAAAUGUUGGAGUUCUCCUUGUUUGGUCUUUAACUUCAAAUUUCUUCAUAUGAAUCUAAAGCUUAUCUGUAUCAUAAUAUUAAGCUAUCAUUUUGUUAAUUGGAUGAUAAUUUGUAUUCUUGCUUUA